AUGGACGCCGAAACCAACCCUCGAGGCAUCCCUACUUUCCCUUUCAUGUCCAACGUGACAGACUAUGUCAAAUCCGUCGACGAAGUGGAACCCACGCUGCAGAGAUUCCAAGAAAUGGUUUCAAAGUAUACCUUCAUGCAGCAGAACGUGGAGCGUCGGGCGAUUGGUUUGAAGGAGAAAUUGCCGGAGAUGAAGAGGACGCUUGAGGUGGUCAAGUUUUUGAAAACGAAGAGACGAGAUAUCGCGGAGACGGAGGGAAAGGGCGAAGAUAAAGGGGAAGAGGAGGAGUUGGGAGGCGACGAUCUACUGGGAGAAAGACAAACAACGAGAGACGAGAUUGAAACCACUUUCAGCCUCCAAGACACUCUCUACGCCAAAGCCAUUAUCAAGCCCGCUGAGAUCAACGAUGUCUACCUUUGGCUCGGUGCCAAUGUCAUGGUAGCUUACCCGCUGGACGAAGCUGAAGAGCUCCUGCAAGGAAAACUGGAUAAAGCAAAAGAAAGCCUCACUGCUUGCGACGAAGAUCUUGAGUUUCUGAGGGUGCAGAUUACGACCCUCGAGGUCGCAAUUGCAAGAGUGCACAAUUGGGAUGUGGGGGAAAAGAGGAAGUUGAGGGCUGAAGGGAAAAUAGCCGCGGGCGAGGGUGGGAAGGACAAGGAUUGA